AAUCGCCUCAACUAGACGAACAUCCAGAUUCCUCCAAAAUGGGCACCAUUUUUGAUACUGUUGACCCGGUCGUCUUCAAGUCGUACAUUUUCUGGUCCGCGGUGCUCGGCUUGAAGAUGUUGGUCAUGUCCAUUCUUACCAGUACAAAGCGGCACGCCAAAAAAGCCUACGCCAGCCCGGAAGACGUGCCCAAGGGCGUCAAGUCGGUUACCAGCGAUCCGGACGUGGAACGCAUUCGGAGGGCGCAUUUGAACGAUUUGGAAAACAUUCUUCCCUUCUUCGUCAUCGGGUUCCUGUACCUGUUCACCAAUCCGAGUGUGCUUGUGGCUACGAAUCUGUUCCGGGCAGUAGCCGUUGCGCGAAUCGUUCAUACUUUGGUUUACGCUGUGUUUGUCAUUCCCCAGCCGGCACGUGGAUUGUCUUGGAUGGUGGGAUACUUCAGCACCGCCUACAUGGCCGUCAAAAUUAUUCUUCAAUUUCUUUAGUUUAGAUCUUUGAACUCUAUUGCUGCUGAUCGUUAUUAAAUGUAAAUGUUAAAAACAA